CCCCUGACCCAGCUCCUCAUCUGGUACCAGACCUGGCAUUUCCUCUGAGCUCACACAAGAUGACGCAGCCCCAUUCCCCCUCGGAAGAGGAAGUUUAGAGAAAAAAAGACUAAAUAACGGUCAGAGGCUGGAGGAGAACCCUUUCUUCUGGGCUGAGUGUGAGGAGCCCCUGGGCAGAGCAUGGGCUGACCCCCAGGAUGACAGUGUACUCACUCAACUUCAGAGUCUUUUGGCCCCUGGUCACCAUCCUGAUCACCAUAAUCUGGUGCCUCUUCCAUGCUCUGAGAAGGGACAGCAGAGCAGUAAAGGAGAAGGAGGAGGAAGGGGGCUGUCAGGACAAUGUAUCCAGCACCAACUUGCAACUUCUUUUCAAACUUUCAUUGCUCUUCCUGCUUUGCUACUUUGUUAUCAGAUGUUGCAGGAGCUCCUCUCUGCAGCGCCAGCAUGGACACCACGCCCAGACCCUGCAACCACAUACCCGUCAGCAGAACAGGAGAUCUCUGCUGGAGACUUACUAUGAGCAACAGAUCAGGCUCUCCCCACAUGUGCUGGGUCACAGCAAGGCCCAUGUGAGCCAGAUCGUAGGAGAACUCAUUAAAGUGGGCAAAGCCAAGCAAAGUGAUGCCAGUGUCACUUUUAGGGGUGAUUUUGUGCAAAUUGGAAGUGCCUACGAACAACAUAAAAUCAACACCCCUGAUUGUUUUGAUAUCCUGGUGCCACUUAAGAUGCCACAAAGUCUCAAAUUGGAGACCCUGUUUGCAUUUGCUGGGAAGGAGACCACCCCUAUGUUGCAGGGAAGUGUUAUAUGUGGAGUGGCAGCACCAAAAAAGUCUGAGUGGGUGAAGAACUUCAAGCAGUUUAGUGAUGGCUUCUGUUUGGAGACAAGUCUGGGGCACCAAUUGUCUUCUGCGCUGGUACUUAAGUGGUUCCAUUGGAAAAUACAGAGAUGCCUUAACGUUAUCAGGUACCAGUUUGAGGAGAGGUGCCACAUCACCUUGUGUGUCUGUGAGGAGAAUCUCAUCCUUAAAAUACUCCCCAGGUCAGAUUAUGUCUGCUGCCACAUCUCCAUGUCUGUGAGACUUAUACCUGCCUUUCACUUGGGGGAUUCUGUUUUUCUCAAAGCUCAGCCUUGGGGCAGGACCUUACAUCAGGAACCUAGACUAGAUGCCUUCUGGGGAAUCAGCUUCUCCAGACAUGAACAGAAACUUAUGAACUGGUUUAAAGACCAGGCCCCUACCAACUCAUGCCACCUGAAGUGCCUACAGAUCAUGAAAUCCUUAAGGGAUAUAAGCUGCAAAGCAUUGCAACCAAAUUUUUCUUCUCAGUGGACCGCUAUUCUUAAUUCAUACAACCUUAAGACAGCACUGUUCUACCUGGUAUUACAAGUCCCAUUUGAGAACUGGGAGGAUUCAUUAUUUCUGGAGAGAAUGGAGGAUUUCGUCCAAUUCCUGAGAGAUUCUUUUCAGAAGCAGGUAUUGAUGCAUUUCUUCCUGGGAAAUUCCAACCCCCCCAGCAUCAUUACUAUACCAAAAAAAUUCAAAGAAGCCCCUCCUGUCAACCUGCUGGAAGGGUACCAACCUGCCAUUUUGGACCUUGCGUCUUUUCAGCUCCUCAGUAUGUGGAAUCAGUUCCCCCAAAUAAUAAGAAUGAAUUCCAAUUCUAGAUAUUUUAUCCGUGAACCUUCCAGAUGCAAACACACUGUCUUUAAUUAGGAAUAUGCAUGGUAUAUAUUGUAGAUUUAUAGUACCAUUGGACCAAAACCAGAAUUUCUUCUAUGAGGCUUAAUACUGGAUUUAAUAUUUUGGAAAAGUGAAGAAAAAGAAAAAACUUCUGUUUUUUAAUUUUGUUUUUGCCAACAAAGUUAUUUUUCCAAAUGACUUCCAGAGAAGUCAAUGUGGUGCAGAUCUCUCUGGCAAUCAAGAGGUUAUAUUUAAUACAUUUAUUCUGUUUUGUUGCAUUGUAUGUUAAAGGGCUAUAAUAAUGAAAACAAAAAUAACCAUACAUAAGAAAUUAAACACAUUGGGCUCCAUGUACUAAGCAGUCAGCGAGCUACCCGCAACAAAUCUCGCGUCAAAAUUCGCAAACUGAUAUGUACAAAGCCGUCAAUUAUGUUAAAACUCGCAUCUUUAAAAUUGCGAGCGUACUUAUCCGCCAAACCUCGCUACCGCUCCAUUUUUCACUGUAAUUAGACACAUUUGACCACCAACUUGCCAAAAACGAAUGUACUAAAAAAUCUAUUUGUCCGCUCGCUACAAUUUCCGCUCCCACCUCGUUAUUUUUGCCUCGCCACCUUUUAGGUGGCGGGCAAGGUACAAAACAAUAGGAAAGUCAAUCUAGACGCCAGUCUAGACAUAUAUAAAAGGCAGUAAUAUCAGCAUUGUACAGCAUAACUGGCGUCUAAUUUGUCUCUCAUUUCCAUGUACAUAAAUUGCGCCAAAUUUGUCGACUGUAAUUAAAGAGUAAUCUAUAUUUUAAAUUUGUAUUGUAUAGUUGUCAAUCUUUAUAAUUAUUUUUAUAUUAAUAUUUAUAUAUUAUCAGAUCCAGAUGAAGCCAUAUCCAAAUUGUAAAUAAAUAUUACAAAAAUAACGCUGUUAUCACUCUUCAAAAAAUUUAGAACAAUAAUAAAGUUGUUUAGAUAAGUUGAACUUUUAUAGGAGCAAAAUUCUAUUCCCGCGACUACUAUGAUGUUCGUGACACCUUGCAUGUCACGUGUUAAUAAUUGGCCAGACAAUUCAACUGAAAGUUAAAAGUACAUCAGCUUAGUCGCGGCGAGCGAGACGUCAAAUUUAUCAAUAAUCCGCCACUGCUCGCGGCGGGCUAGACUUGUCUAUUUAUUGGGGGAUUAUUAGUACAUAGUGACAGCGGACACCAUUUCGCCCGCGGCGAGUAACAGCGAGUUUAUCCGCGUCUAAAAUGACGGAUGAAUUGACGGCUUAGUACAUGGAGCCCAUAGUUAGUGACACUUGGGAGCAGCAGAGAACUGCAGGCCCAAAAAAGAAAAGCAGAAAUGUAACUAUGUGUUUAACCCCUUUUUGUAGGUUAAACACAUAACGUUGGGGCAUCACUAGUGUUAAAAUAAAUUAUAGCUUGUAAUUUUUAUGGCCCUUUAAUAAUGGUACCUCACUUUCUGAAGAACUGUUUUGUAUAACUGAUGCAUUUGUGUUCAACGUUUUUUGUUUAAUAUUUUCUGUUAUAUUGUUUGUCUGUUUCUUGUGAUAUAUAUAUAUUUAAUAAUAUAAUUAUUUUGUUUUCAAAUGUUAUUGUCCGCAGUUCUACCUUUUUAGAAGAACGUUUUUACAAAAUAUGACCAAAAUAUUUUGUGUAAGAAAAAUUGCAACUCAAAUAUAAUUUGCUUCCUAAAACAUAUUUGUAAAUGGCUUCAUGUUUUCUAUUUAGAUAUGCUCACUCUCCAAUACCUGGCUCCUUAGCUAAAAGGGACAAGCUAGUCAAAGUUUAAAUGCACAUAGAUUUAUUACAUCUUUGCAUAGAAACAUAUCUGCAAUAUACAUGUAUUAGCAAAAAUGCUUCUAGUAAAGGUUAUCACUGUUUUAGUGUUAGCAUUUUUCUCUGCACGUGCAUGUGAAGCAUAGCUAGAUAUUCUCAGUGCAUCAGCAAUUUAAAUACUGCAGCUGCUCAGAGCACCAGUGGGGCUUGUAUAAUGUCAGCAAUUAACAAAUUGAGUUAUUACCAGAUGGUACAAGCACCUUAGGCCAAGUGCUGUGUUUAUAAUGCUGGUGCACGGUGCAUACUUAAAUACACUUUUGAAACAGUUAUAGCUUUUAUUAGAAGCAUUUUUGCUAAUACAUGUAGAUUACAAAAAUGCUUUUAUUCUUACACUUAAAUGCAUCAAGGUUUCCAAUUUUGCCUGGAAUGUCCCUUUAACUUGCAACCUGACACUCAAAAACAUAAGUUUGUAUUGUGACAUAUACCAGAGAUUUCCUCUUUGAGUUAUCUCCAGGAAGCUUAUUAUCCAGCAGUAGUAAAAAAGAAAAAUCCAUGUGAGCACAUGGCUGUCAUACUUACAAGCUUUCUGGGUAUAUUUACGUUCCCCUUAAAGGGAGAUUCAAAUCCCAAAUAAUAAAAUGCUCUAUUCAAUUGUAUUCAGUGUCAAGUGCCAGUGCCAAGUGUGUGUUUAACAAACCCACAAACAUGUAACUUGGUGACCACAAUACACUGCAGGUAAUUGGUGGCUACAUGCAUAUGGUACUCCUAAUUGGCUAACUGUCCCUUUUCAGUCAUAAGUCACAGUUUGAUACAUUCCCUGAGCUUGAACUUUAUGUGUUAAAUCCCAUCACUGGGGUUAAACACAUAUUUAGCAAGGUACACUGGUGCUAAACUUUUAUUUUUGUAUUAGCAUGUUCCUUUAAUACCGUGGUUUGCUACUGCUCACACAACUUUUGGGCAUAGUAGGGCUGAGUAUGGCAACUGAGAUUAAAGCUUAAUGUCCUAUAACUUUCUUGAAUGUUAAAGUAUUUUUUAGCAGGUGCUUAAUGUUUUUUAAUACAUUUUUGUUCACUGAUAAACGUGCACUUUUUAGAAAAAGGAAAAAUGAGUGACUUUAAGAAUCUAAUUUGCAUAUUCCUACCCAGAACCCCUUGCUCUUGUUGGAAAUCUUUGCUGAGUGUUUCUAUAGGAUACCAACAAACUUCCAGAAUCACUUACUAUACUCCAUUUUUAAAACACACCUAUAUUCAUUGCAUUUUACAUAAAGUAUUAAAAAUGAAUAUAGUUUUAUGCCACUUUAAGGCUGUCCCAGUUUGUCACACAGUGACCAGGGUAAACUGAAAUAAAAUAGGAAAUAUUCUCAGAACCUGAGAUGUCUAUAAAGACUGGAAUUUAUUUUCACAAUCUAAUUCCACAAUUGUGUUGUGAGAAAUGAGACCAAAGAUCAGUUGCUUUUUCUUUGUUUACAUUGUGUUUUAUUUUAUCAUCACAUUUAUAAACUUGAGAAAGUUUUAUUUUGUUACCAAAUCAAGUGGCACUUUCAUUCUAAUGUAAUGGUACAAACAGCAUCUGUACAAUUUCACAGCUGAAAUAAACAGUAAAACUAUAA